GUGAACUCCAGCCUUAGGUUCCAGGGGUUGGACCCGGUGUCUAACCCACUUGCAGUAGCUGCUCGGUGGUGUGGUGGUGAUGGUGAGGAACUGUGGGGACCUCCAGCUUUCCUGGAUGUCUACCCAUGUGGUAAAAUAAUGUUGCUGGUGAAAGUGUGUUUGGCAUUAGAAAGUGAGUUUGUUUCCUGCCAGCUUCACCAGUGGAUUGAUCUGAUUUUUGGCUACAAGCAGCAAGGGCCAGAGGCUGUUAGGUCCCUGAAUGUGUUCUACUAUUUGACGUACGAAGGAGCUGUUAAUUUAAGCUCAAUAACGGAUACUGUAUUGAGAGAGGCUGUCGAAGCUCAAAUACGAAGUUUUGGACAGACCCCUUCCCAACUGCUCAUAGAACCACAUCCUCCAAGAAGUUCAGCCAUGCAGGUGUAUCUCCUCCUGCAGAGUCCGUUGAUGUUCACAGACCAAUCUCAACAGGACGUUAUCAUGGUUCUAAAGUUCCCAUCCAACUCCCCUGUCACUCACGUAGCAGCCAACACCCAGCCUGGUCUGGCCACUCCUGCUGUGAUCACAGUUACUGCAAAUAGGCUAUUUGCUGUAAACAAGUGGCAUAAUCUUCCUGGUGCUGUACAAGACCAGCCUUACCAGCUGCCAGUGGAAAUCGAUCCUCUCAUAGCCAGCAAUACGGGUAUGCACAGAAGGCAAAUCACUGACCUUUUAGACCAAAGCAUUCAGGUACAUUCCCAGUGUUUUGUCAUCACCUCUGAUAAUCGUUACAUCUUGGUCUGUGGCUUCUGGGACAAGAGUUUCCGAGUUUAUUCUACCGACUCAGGUAAACUGAUGCAAGUCAUAUUUGGACACUGGGAUGUUGUAACCUGUCUUACUCGUUCUGAGUCCUAUAUUGGAGGAAAUUGUUACAUUCUCUCAGGAUCACGUGAUGCAACAUUGCUGCUCUGGUACUGGAAUGGCAAAACCAAUAUCAUUGGUGAUAACCCAAGAAGAGGUGAUUUUGCAACUCCUCGAGCUGUUUUGACAGGACAUGACUAUGAGAUCACCUGUGCUACCAUUUGUGCUGAACUUGGCCUGGUAAUAAGUGGUUCGAAAGAAGGACCAUGUCUCAUACAUUCUAUGAAUGGAGAUCUACUGAGGACAUUAGAAGGUCCUGAAACAUUAGAAGGUCCUGAAAACUGCCUGAGACCAAAACUUAUUCAAGCUUCAAGAGAAGGCCACUGUGUCAUAUAUUAUGAAAACGGCCUCUUCUGUGUAUUCAGUGUGAAUGGGAGACUUCAAGCCACUAUGGAAACAGAUGACAAGAUAAAGGCAAUUCAGCUGAGUCGAGAUGGACAGUAUCUGCUUACGGGUGGAGACAAUGGAGUUGUCAUGGUGUGGCAGACGUGGGACCUCAAGCGGCUUUUUGCUUACCCAGGAUGUGAUGCUGGAAUCCGAUCCAUGGCCCUGUCGUAUGACCAAAGGUGCAUAAUGACUGGCAUGGCAUCUGGGAGCAUAGUGGUUUUCUACAAUGAUUUCAAUCGUUGGCACCACGAGUACCAAACCAGAUACUGA